CCACACACACACACACAAACACACCCACUCUUCUCCCUGCUCCUCUUUCAACUCCACGGAACAGCUUCCACGUUAUCCCAGCUUAAGGUAUCGCUCUACGUCGACCCUUUGAUUUCUGCUUGUUUUUUCCUCUCUUUCUGUUGUUUCGGAGGUUUAUUGAGGGUUUUAUACUUGCAUUUAUUGUGUUUUUUGGGGUUUGUAUGGUGGCUUUAUUGAUUUUUGUUGUAUUUCCUUUAUCUUCCUUCGAUUUUUAGAUCGGGUUAGGUACUUGUUUUGCUUGAAGGCUAACUUGGUGGGUUUUUAUUGGUCGGGCUUUUCUGAGGGGUUUGAACUUGUUUGGAUUAAGGGUUUUUAUAGGGCAAAGUUAUUUGGGGGUUUGAUGAAUGUGGAGAAGCUAAAGAAGAUGGCCGGUGCGGUCCGCACCGGUGGGAAGGGUAGUGUUAGAAGAAAGAAGAAGGCUGUUCACAAGACAACCACUACAGAUGAUAAAAGACUGCAAAGUACCUUGAAGAGGAUUGGCGUCAAUGCCAUACCAGCUAUUGAGGAGGUCAAUAUAUUUAAGGAGGAUGUGGUUAUCCAAUUUGUAAACCCCAAAGUUCAAGCCUCAAUUGCUGCUAACACAUGGGUUGUCAGUGGUACACCCCAGACCAAGAAAUUGCAAGACAUUCUUCCCCAAAUUAUUCACCAAUUAGGACCCGAUAACUUGGAGAAUUUGAAGAAACUGGCUGAGCAGUUCCAAAAGCAGGCACCUGGUGCAGGGGCAGCUCCAGGUACCGGUGUCCCAACAAUUCAAGAAGAAGAUGAUGAUGAGGUGCCAGAACUCGUGGCCGGUGAGACCUUUGAAGCGGCUGCAGAAGAGGGUCAAACUUCUUAG